UUUUUUUUUUUUUUUUCAUAUAAAUAUACUUGUUGUCCUGGUUACUUCACCCGGUACGCGCAUUUAUUCAGCCUUAGUGGGGAGAGUUUAAUUUUUUUUUUUUUUAUAUAUAUAAAUAACAGACUAUAAGAAGUUGAAAGGUUUUUUUAACUGAAAGACAAAAAAAAAAAAAAAAUUAUAAUAAUAAUUAUUUAUUUAUUCGGUUACGUCGUCGUCUUGGUAGCGCGCGCGAGCUAGCUGCGCGAGCGUCGAGAAGAAAAAGGCCGUUGGAAUCCUGGCACGUCACGGUUGCCCCUCACUACCCGGACCGGAAGACAUUCAAAUCACAGAAAAACACCGUCGCGACGGAGGAAAUGGCUCUUAAAAGAAUCCACAAGGAGCUUAACGACCUGGCUCGUGACCCUCCAGCACAGUGCUCAGCCGGCCCAGUGGGGGACGACAUGUUUCACUGGCAAGCCACAAUCAUGGGACCUAGUGACAGUCCAUAUCAGGGAGGGGUUUUCUUCUUGACAAUUCAUUUUCCAACAGACUACCCCUUCAAACCACCCAAGGUUGCAUUUACAACAAGAAUUUACCACCCAAAUAUUAACAGUAACGGCAGUAUCUGUCUGGAUAUUCUCAGAUCACAGUGGUCUCCUGCGCUUACUAUUUCUAAAGUUCUUCUCUCCAUUUGCUCACUCCUAUGUGACCCAAACCCCGAUGACCCACUAGUGCCAGAGAUCGCACAAAUCUACAAAACAGAUAGUUCGAAAUACACCAAAAUGGCAAAAGACUGGACACACAAAUACGCAAUGUGAUUGCAUCAUUUGGAAAGCUGGUGGAAAAUGUUGUUGCUGGUUCAAACAAAAAAACAAAACAUACGGGAUUUUCUUUUACUUUUUCACUUUUUUUCUUCUUUUUGUUUUUGGUUAAUCAGAGCAUUUUACCCCCCCUCCCUUUUUCCCACCUGCGCGCUUAUAAGAAGAUAGUGUUUUCUCUCUCUAGGACACGUGCCAGUUUUCUGUGAAGUUUUCGACUCCCAUUUUAUACGGAGUUAAAAUAAAUAAAUAAUAAUAAUCACCUUGGUUCUGAACACUCUCGAGCUUGAGCAUGCACCAGUAGGAGGUGGUGAUGACAUUUACUCUGCACACACUUAGUAGAAUCUGAUGCGACUGGUCUCCUGAACACCAUCAGCCCCACGAUGAAGAUCCAGCUGGUUGACUGGCUGCAUCCUGUGCGAUUUGAUAAUUACUUUACUCUUUAAGCUGGAUUUCUCAAAGCACUUACAGAGAAGCCUGUCUUUUUGCCAUACCUGUAAACUCUGAAUUUUUAAAGUUUAAAUUUGGUGAAAUUCUGCUGCAUUAUUUUUAUUAUUUGAAAGUGGUUAAAAA